UUUGACAUUUGAGUUUGCUCAAUUCCUAUUCUUUACGUAAUUUAUAUCAAAAAAGUAAUUAAUUUUAAACUAAAUUACGUUUGAGACAUGGGAAACGCAAUAGCUCGUUACAGGAAUCCUGAUGUUACGCCAGGUCCAGACUGCGAAAUCACUUUCGAUCCACUAUUGGGUCUUGCUAACCGAAAGGAGCGUGUUAUGAUUGCAACUGAAGAACAAAUGAGAUCAGCGAAGUUAGCACCAGAAGACCGUGACUAUUGUGCUCACAAAUUACUUGAAUACCGAUCCUGCCGAGCGGAUACAUUUCCUUUUGUUUAUAAAUGUGCGCAUGAGAAACAUGAAUAUCUAACGUGCGAAUAUGAAGAUUAUGUUUUGCGGUUGAAAGAAUAUGAACGAGAAAGGAGGCUAUUGGAACGCCAGAAACGCAUAAAUGCGCAAGCAGCAGCCUAAAUGUGUUAAUAUCUAAUAAUGGUCAACUUUUGUUGUGCUUGGUAAUUUGUAUAAAAAAAUCCUAUUCGAACGGUUGAACUAAUUGAGUGCAACAUAUUCAAAUAAAUACGAACGAAAAGA